AUGGUCGACUACCAGGUGGAGUCGGAUGGUCUCACUGACAAAGUUAUCGGCACUGGAUGUAGUGGGAAGGUGUACGCAGCAACGCUGACAUUGUCCCCAAGGCAAAGCAGAGAGAUCGCCGUGAAAGAAAUCUUUAUGAACAUGAGAUCUCAGGGAAAUAUUGUUAAUGAAACAAGAAUUUCUCUGUACCUUGAACCUACAGGAUACGUUCCAAUCUGUUAUGGUUUAGUGAAAGAUGAGAAAGGAAGGUACAGCAUUGUGUUGGAAUUCUUUGGAUCUGGCCAAACACUCCGUGCCAUAUUCAACACGAAGAAAUCAUUGCCUAAAAUACACUGGCUACACAUUGCGUGUCAGCUAGUGGAUGGCUUGGGCAAAAUUCACGACAAAGAUGUCAUCAUUAAUGACAUCAAGCCAGAUAACAUCCUGGUAGACCUGUCUGGAACACUCCCAAAAGUUAAGUACUGUGACAUGGGAUCAGCUUCAUACAAAACAGGAGUCACAUUUGACGAAGGUCAAGACAUGAAAAACUUCAUUUACAUAGCGCCAGAAGUCUGUACUUAUGCCCAAACAACAAAAGCCAGUGAUGUUUUCAGUCUUGGAAAAGUAUUUCAGAACAUUCAUUCUUGUUCACAGAUCAACACCAUGUUGGUACUUUACAAUAUGUGUAGCGCCAAGACCCCAGCCGAUCGACCUGAUCUCUCUUGUCUGAGACGCAUGCUCCAGGAAGAGUACACAAAGGAGGUCUUGUCCCAGACUGAAGAAGCACGUGGCUACCUUGACCCCAGUGAGCAGGAACCAGAACCUCAAGGCUUUGUAAUCAAAGAUUCUGAAAGUCCAGGAAAUAAAGGCUCUCCACAUGCUGGUAAUGUUAGUUUGGGAAAUGAAGCAUCUGAAGUUGAGUCCGGGAACACUGGUGAGAAUGCUGCACCAGACAACCACACACAAGGUGCUGUUCCCAGCACAAUCAGAUAUGUCACAAACACCAAGUCAACCUUUGCCAACUCUGGUGUGUCAACAGCUCAUGAACUAUCUGCUUGCACCCAGAAAAUGCAUCCUACUGAUGCUGAGUUUUCUGCAAUUCAGCAAACAUGUGAUGGAACAAAAGAUGACUGUUCACUGCCAACGAUCACAGUGGAGGCUGCUGCUAUCACUGAAAACCAAAAUAAACCGGCUCCUGCACCCAAAACAGAUGAAUCACAAGUGACCAGACCCACAUCAUCACUGGUGAAGGAGGAUCAAGGCAUGUUUUCGAAAGCAAAUUCAGAAGAUCACACAGUGUCUUCACCAAUUGCAACAGAAUCCGCUGCCCCACUGCUGGCUCAUGGGUUGUCUGCAACCAAAAUGAAGGAAGCACCUGCCAACCAAGACUGGUCAGCACCAGCACCUUCAUCAGCUUUACAACAGGCAGUUUACCCAAAUGCCAUCGCUUCUGAAGCCAAUGUUUUCGAAAAACCCAGUGAAUUAACAUUUUCUGACGUAUUCUACUUUCUAGGACUUCUGAUAAUGCUGGCUUAUCGUAUUCUCUGGACCACUGAUGUUAAUGUACCAUAACUGUUGCAUACCAAACUUUUGUGUCAAGAUCAUGGCCACAUUUCAAUAUAUCAAUACUUUAACUAUGUUCAGAUAUUAAAUUACAUAUAUAUUAGUUUUUAAGCCAUCAGUGCCAAACUGGGCAUGCAUAAAAUAUGUGCUGAAAUAAGAUGAAAUUAUUUCCUAUCUUUGUGGUGUUUUCAGAAAGUGCAAAGUGUUUUAUCAGCAUGAUUGACAUUGUUGGGUAAAUGCAUUGAACAAAAUCAAAUAUUUUCAGUGGCUGGAGCCUACAAUUUAAUUAUGUAAAACUGUUCAAUUUCAGUUGUUCAUAUUGCCGUCAACAUCAAUUAAAUAAUACAUAUACAUCCUGUCUGAUUGCAUAUUUCAUGCCAUAAAUGUACUUGAAAUAACUGUAUCAUCUCACUGUUUUGUUUUCUGAUAAAAUAAUUGAAGUGUA